AUGUCUACUUACACAGUUGUUCCCGGCGAUACUAUGUGGAAAAUAGCCAAUGACCAUGGCAUGACACUCGACGCCCUUAUUACUCUCAACCCACAGAUACCAAAUGCCAGUAUGAUUGAAGUUGGACAAGUCGUCAACAUAUCUCAACAGCCUCCUGAACCAGUGGCUGCAAAGGCGCUCGAACCCGUUGCGGCUGCUGCUGCUGUUCCGAACACUUCUGCUGCUCUGAACAUCCCGGCUCCGUCUAAUCCAACUGGAUUCAAAACUGUUGCUUAUUUUACCAAUUGGGGCAUCUAUGGCCGAAAUUACCAGCCUAAUGAUAUUCCAGCAAGCCAUGUCACACAUAUUCUUUAUUCCUUUGCCAAUAUUCGCGGUGAUAGCGGAGAAGUUUAUGCAGAUCUAGAAAAGCAUUAUCCAUCAGACUCCUGGGAUGACAAGGGCAACAAUGCUUAUGGUUGCGUUAAGCAACUUUUUCUCUUGAAAAAGAAAAAUCGCCACCUCAAGGUCCUUCUAUCGAUAGGCGGCUGGACAUAUUCGACCAACUUUCGGGCCAUAGCCACUCCAGAGGGCCGCCAGACAUUUGCCCGCAGCGCCGUUAAACUCCUGGCCGACUGCGGAUUCGACGGCAUCGAUAUCGACUGGGAAUAUCCCAAGGAUGACAGCGAAGCCCAACACUACGUCUCCCUUCUUUACGAAACCAGGAUCGCACUGGACCAGUAUGCCUCCCAAUGCGCGCCGGGACAACAUUUGCCCCUCACCAUCGCAGCUCCGUGUGGGCCAAAUCAUUAUUCGAAGCUCCGCAUAGCUGAGAUGGAUCGGUAUCUUGACUUCUGGAACCUCAUGUGUUACGAUUUUGCAGGCAGCUGGGACUCCACGGCAGGUCACAUGGCCAACGUCUUUCCAUCCCCAUCCUCCCCCGACAGCACCCCAUUCAACGCCGACGCCGCAGUAUCCGCGUACAUCUCCGCCGGCGUGCAUCCAAGCAAACUGAUUUUCGGUCUUCCCCUCUACGGCCGGGCCUUUGAACACACCCAAGGCCCCGGAUCCUCCUUCCAAGGCGUUGGAGAAGGAUCUUGGGAAAACGGAGUGUGGGACUACAAAGCGCUUCCGCAGCCGGAAAGCCAGGAGCAAAACGACACCCAGCUCCUUGCGUCGUGGAGCUACUCGCCCAGCGGACAGAAAAUGAUCAGUUACGAUACCCCGUUCAUGGCACAGCGGAAAGCGGAGUAUAUCCGCAAUCGCGGGUUGGGGGGUGCUAUGUGGUGGGAACUCAGCGGGGAUCUUCCCGUGAGUAAUGAGAGGAGUUUGAUCAAUGUCACGGUGGCUGCGCUGGGAGGCACCGCUGGGUUGGAUGGGAGUCAGAACGUUUUGGAUUUUCCGGCAAGUGUCUAUGAUAAUGUGAGGAACAAGUUUGAAUGA